ACAAUAUCAAGGCACCUUAUCAGACAAAAAAACCCAAAGCGUGGUUCCUCGCUCGCUCACUCACUCAUGGCUUCACUUCGUCUUCCAUGUUGUCUCUCAUCAAAAACGCCUUCCUUCUCCAUUAAUCCAAUAACCCCCAAGUUAUCUUCUCUCCAUAACCACCCUAACAACUUUACUUUUAAUACCAACACCAACGACAUCUCAUUAUCUCACUCUCUUUGUUUUCCAAUUAGAAACAACGACAAAUUCAGGCAUUUCCUUUUGCAUUUCUCUUCUACAACUCAAGACCUCCCGGUUGUUGAUUCCUCUUCACUUGAUGAUGUUGUCACCGAAUACCAAUCAAAGGCUGAAGAAAAAGAAGAAGAGUUUUCGAAAACCAGACUGCUUGCUUCGAAUGUUCCAUGGAAUUGUACUGCGGAAGACAUUAGGGCUCUGUUUCAGAAGUUUGGGACAGUUGUAGAUGUUGAGCUUUCAAUGUAUAGCAAGACCAGAAACAGAGGCUUGGCGUUUGUCACUAUGGGCUCCCCCGAAGAGGCAGUUGCUGCUCUUAAUAACCUCGAAUCUUAUGAGUUCGAGGGCCGUACUUUGAAGAUGAAUUAUGCAAAGGCAAAAAAGAAAAAACCUUCACCACCCCCACCACCCAAGCCAGGGCCAACGUUCAACUUGUUUGUAGCGAAUUUGCCAUUUGAAGCAAAGUCGAAAGAUCUUAAGGAGUUCUUUAUUGCAGAAGGUGCUAAUGUUGUUUCUGCUGAAAUUAUAUUUCAUGAUAAUCCUAGAAGGCCCUCCGGUUAUGGAUUUGUGGCGUUCAAAACUAAAAAAGAAGCUGAUUACGCCAUUUCUACUUUCUCCGAGAAGGAAUUCAUGGGAAGGCAACUUAGAGUUGCUCGCAGUAGACAAUUUGUCAAACAACGAAAAGAAGAUGCAUCACAAUCUGAUGGUACUUCGGGAACAGAUACCUAAUCAAGAAAUUGGAGGCAAACUUCCAAAUAACUCGAAUUGAUUAGGCAUUUUGAAUUCUAUUGAUGUAACCAUACAUCUAAUCUGGUAUGUGUUUGGGGGUGGCUAUUAGAGGUGAGAAUCAUGAGUUUAGAUUUUUAUGCUUGUCUUGGCUGUCAGCAUGGAUGUAGAUAGGGCAUUUUAUGUUUGCCAAAACUGGGGGAUUAUUCUUUGCAAAGGUAAAAUGAAAUCAAUCAAGGAACAAAAUAGUUGAGGAUGGAAAAGUGGGACUAUAUAGUUAGAAAGAGAGAAAGAAUGAAUUAAACUUUUGAUGUGGGGCAUCAAUGAAUAGAAGAGGAGAUUUCCAUUUACAA